GAUCCCGGUCCCCUGUAGCUGACCCUGUGUCCAUGUCCCCGGCUUUUCGUAGUGAUGGCGGCCUCCCUGGCUGCGACGGCUCCCGGGGUCCCGGCCGAGGAUUCAUCGGAUAGUGAGCCGGAGCCCGAGCAACAGAAACUGCGCCGGAAAGUUUCUACAUCGGGCCAGAUCAGGAGGAAGGCAAUUGUGAAAGAAGGUCAUCUACAAAAGCAGACAAGUUCCUUUCAGCGAUGGAGGAGACGCUACUUCAAAUUGCGAGGCCGAACCCUCUACUACGCCAAGACCGCAAAGUCCAUCAUAUUUGAGGAGAUUGACGUAACGGACGCCAGUGUUGCAGAGUCGAGCACCAAAAACCUUAACAACAGUUUCACAGUAUUCACUCCCUUUCGCAAACUGAUACUGAGCGCAGACAACAGAAAAGACAUGGAAGAAUGGAUGGCGGCGCUGAAGACGGUGCAGAAUCGUGAACUCUUUGAGUCUGCCCAGUACAGUAUGGACCAUUUCUCCGGAAUGCACAACUGGUACGCCUGUUCCCAUGCCCGACCCACAUACUGCAACGUGUGUCGUGAAGCCCUCUCUGGGGUCACAUCCCAUGGACUCUCCUGCGAAGUCUGCAAGUUUAAGUCUCACCGACGCUGUGCUGUGAGGGCCACAAACAAUUGCAAAUGGACCACCUUGGCUUCUAUUGGAAAGGACAUUAUCGAGGACGAAGAUGGGGUCUCAAUGCCACACCAGUGGCUGGAGGGCAAUUUACCUGUUAGUGCAAAAUGCACUGUCUGUGAGAAGACAUGUGGCAGUGUGCUGCGUCUGCAAGACUGGCAAUGCCUGUGGUGCAAGGCAGCGGCACACUCCUCUUGUAAAGAACUUCUGCCGAAAAAAUGUCCACUUGGCCAGUGCAAAGUAUCAGUAAUUCCACCAACAGCCCUCAACAGCAUCGACUCUGAUGGUUUCUGGAAGGCCACGUGCCCCCCUUCCUGUACUAGUCCACUGCUUGUCUUUGUAAAUUCAAAAAGUGGAGAUAACCAAGGAGUGAAAUUCCUGCGACGUUUCAAACAGCUGCUCAACCCAGCUCAAGUGUUUGACCUGAUGAAUGGAGGGCCUCAUCUAGGUUUACGCUUGUUUCAAAAGUUUGACACUUUCAGAAUAUUGGUGUGUGGCGGUGACGGUAGCGUGGGCUGGGUCCUUUCUGAAAUUGAUGCCCUUAAUCUACAUAAACAGUGUCAGUUGGGAGUCUUGCCCUUGGGCACUGGAAAUGACCUGGCCCGUGUCCUUGGCUGGGGCUCUGCGUGUGAUGAUGACACUCAGCUCCCUCAGAUUCUGGAAAAACUUGAGAGAGCUGGCACUAAAAUGCUGGAUAGGUGGAGCAUCAUGGUAUAUGAGACAAAACUUCCAGCUCAGGCCCCAGAUCCUUGUACACCCACAGAACAAAGUGAGGACUGUGAGGUACAACAAAUCUUAGGCUACGAAGACUCUGUAGCUGCUCACUUAUCACAGAUUCUCAGCUCAGAUCAGCACUCCGUGGUUAUUUCAUCAGCCAAAGUUCUGUGUGAAACGGUAAAAGAUUUUGUUGCACGUGUUGGGAAGGCCUAUGAGAGAAUGACCGAGAGUUGUGAAGAAUCUGAAACAAUGGCGGGAAAGUGUAAUCUUCUGAGGGAGAAGCUAGACUCUCUCUUGAACACCUUAAAUGAAGAAUCUCAAGCUACAUCAGUUCUUUCUCAGCCCCCACCUACAAUUAGUGAAGAGGGUGAGGAGUCGUCCGAAACCAUGGCGUCUCCAGCAGCAAUCUCUCCUUCCCCAGGUCGACAACAGACUUUUCGGCCACGGGAGCAGCUUAUGCUAAGAGCUAAUAGCCUUAAGAAAGCCAUCAGACAGAUAAUAGAGCAGGCAGAGAAAGCUGUUGAUGAACAGAAUGCACAGACUCCUAGUGAAGAUUUUCUCUUGCCAUUUUCUACCGAUGUACAUAGUGGGAAUGCAUUGCCAAGGAUAAGAGGAUCAAGUAGAGGUUCCAAGGGAGAAAAAAUUUCCAGCAAAGUCAGUCUUUCCGCAGGAGCCACUGCAUCGCUUCCUAAUGCCAACUCUCAAGGGGACCAUGUAUACCCAAGCAUGAGACCAGGAAUGACUGUAUCUUUACCAGUGAACGCCCUCAUGAACCGCUUCUUAAUUAACGCUGAUUCCUUUAGCUCUGAACCUGAUAACUUGGAUUGUUACUCAGAAAAAUGUGUGAUGAAUAAUUACUUUGGAAUUGGUCUGGAUGCAAAAAUCUCCCUGGAUUUUAACAAUAAAAGGGAUGAGCACCCGAGGAAGUGUAGAAGUCGUACAAAGAAUAGGAUGUGGUAUGGCGUGCUGGGGACCAAAGAGCUUCUACAGAGGACGUACAAGAACCUGGAGCAGCGAGUUCUACUAGAGUGUGAUGGGGUGCCCAUUCCCCUGCCCAGCUUGCAAGGAAUUGCUGUCCUGAACAUUCCCAGUUAUGCUGGAGGCACCAACUUCUGGGGAGGCAACAAGGAAGAUGAUACAUUUGCUGCUCCUUCUUUUGAUGACAAGAUCCUGGAGGUAGUUGCUGUUUUUGGUAGCAUGCAGAUGGCUGUGUCCAGGGUUAUCAAAUUGCAGCAUCAUCGGAUUGCACAGUGUCGGACAGUAAAGAUCACAGUGCUCGGAGAUGAAGGUAUUCCUGUGCAAGUGGAUGGAGAGGCCUGGAUCCAGCCCCCUGGCUAUAUCUGUAUAGUGCAUAAGAACAGAACCCAGACACUCACCAGAGACAGGGCCUUUGAAAGUACAUUAAAAUCUUGGGAAGAUAAACAGAAGUGUGAACUUUCCCGCCAGACUUCCACUGCCUUGUCUCCAAUCUCUUCUUACCCUGAAGCUCUGUCUGAAGAGGAGGCAGCCCAGGUCUCGCGGUUUGGCCAGGCUGCUGGUGCCCUAAUUCACAGCAUUAAAGAAAUAGCGAUUUCUCAUGAAAGUAUGGAGCAGGAGCUGGCCCAUGCUGUAAAUGCAAGCUCAAAGUCCAUGGAAAAGGUCUACAGCAAGAACUCUGAGGGUCUAAGUUGCACUCAUGUAAUGGAAAUGGUUACGAACGUUCGAGCUUUACUGAAUGAGACCGAGCUUUUACUUUCUGGAAAGAUGGCUUUGCUGUUGGAUCCUCCUCAGAAAGAACAGCUGAUGACAUCCCUCAGUAACACAGAGCAGGAGCUGAGGAAACUAGCAGACAUCCCAUGGCUGUCCCAGAACACAGAGCCUGGAGAAGAAGACGGGGCUCUUGAUUACUCCAAAUUAAGACGUAGCAGUCGGUUUAGACUGGUGAACAAGUUCAAGAAGGAGAAAAACACUAAGAACAAGGAGACCCGGAGCAGCACAGGAGCACCUGCUCACCUUUGGGGGACGGAAGAGGUAUCUCUUUGGUUGGAGCGUCUCAGUCUGUCUGAGUACAAGGAGGUCUUUACUCGCCAUGACAUCCGGGGCUGUGAGCUCCUACAUCUGGAGCGCCGAGACCUCAAGGAGUUGGGAGUGACAAAAGUGGGUCACAUGAAGAGAAUCCUCCAUGCCAUCCGAGAGCUGAACCCCCCUCCUGUCAGUGUGGAAUAGGAUCUGUCUUCACUGCGUGUGUGGUCCAGUCUGGGUGAUUCAUGAUCGCCGGUGUCGCUCCAUUAAAACACAUGCCGCUCUAGUGUUGCUGCAGCACAUCGCUUUGUAACAUCAGCUCAUCUCAAAAGUCUUCUGAGCUUCUUGGCCAACUAUGAUACAUAGCCAUUGUUAUCCCUACGACCAGUCAAGUAUCACAAGCCUAAAUGAGCCCUGGGAAUAACUGCUGCCAGUUAUAGACCGGAUAUAUCCAUGUCUUGAAUGAGCCAAGGGCUUUAAUCUUUUUUUUUUUUUUUUCUUUUUUUUUUGCAUUUUACUGGAUACCCUUAAGCCAGGUAUUUUUUGUAGAUGCUGCGAUAGCCAGUUGUGACUGUAGUAGUCCUUCUCAUUGAUGUGCUACCUCGUGUGGAUUGGGACAGGCAUUAUACUGCUAGCAGACUGAACACAGUAGACAGGGCUUACUCACCCUCUGCCCUUUGCCUAAAGACUUUGAGACCUUGGUAAUGGAUUUAGGGCUCUACCUGUUCCUCGCACAGUUAUUGCACAUGUCAGAUGACUGUGGAGUUUUGUACUAUGUUUUAAUAUGAAUGCUCUUUUCUCAGGCUCAACGUGUACAUUUCUAGUGGUUUAUAAAGUAUUUGUAAAAUAGUGUAGACUUGUUGUAAUCGGUGGUUUUAUUGGGCUGUUUGUGAGAUGUCAGACCAUUGCAACGUCCCACGCUGGGGUCUAGGAUCAAACGAUUGUUUACAUUUCUAUACUGUAGGUACCUUUUUAAAAAGCAGGGAGCAGCCUCUGCCCUGCAUAAUGUGUCCCCUGUGGAGCGCAAGAAGGAACUCGCUGUCAGAGCGAGAUACAUUGAAGUACUGUUUCCUGAAGAUGUGUUUGGCUUGUGAUUUCAGUUGUCCACAUCCAUUCCUUCAUCUGUUCAACCUCUUACAUUUCUUACUUCUGGGCAGGUCCCCUGUUUCUUGCUUCUUAUGUAUGAGGGACAAAUGAAAGCCACGAAAACCCUCAGCAGAAGCCUGGCUGUCCUUUCCCAUGCGUAUUUAUUGUCCCGUGCCUUAUUGCAGUCACAGCUUCUUUUCCAGAUUGAUGUUAAUGCAUGUAAAUAGCAAUAUUGUAAAAAUUCCUUGGUUCUAACAGUAAAAUAUCUCUUAAUGAUGUUG